AUGCCAGGGCGGCAGGCGCACGGGAGGUCCUUGGUGGCCAACCCCAAGGCUAAGGUUGCCAACAAAAAGUCCAAGGCUCGAUCCCAAAAGAACGCGCUGGAUGCUUUCGGCAUCGCUCAGCAACGGUUCCCGACCAAGCAGAAGAGGACACCCAGAGCGCGCGAGCUUGACGCGGAGAUUGAGCGAAAGCAUGGCAGAGAUGGCGGCGACGAAGACGACGACGAUGAGGAGGAGGAGGAGGAGAUGCCCCAGAGAAAGAAGAUCAAAAUGCCCGCUCAAGCUGCGGACGGGGAUGAUGCUGAGUACGGAAGCGACAGCGAGGGCAACGAAUGGCAAUUAGGCGGUCUGAGAGACGACGACGAGGACUCGGAGAUUGAAAGCGAUGAUGCCUUUGGUGAUAGUGACAACGAGAAGUUUGAGGAGUACUCCUUCCGCGGUUCCAAGUCCAAGUCCAGAAAGACCGAGGAACAUGAUUCCGAAGACGACUCGGAGGACGACGAGGGCGAGACCCUCGGCGCCGAAGCCAUCGAUCUCGCCACAGCCCUGGAUCAGUUUGAGGAAUCAUCCGAAGACGAGCCUGAGGAGGACGAUGAUUCCGAGUCGGAAGGCUCAGCCGAUGAAGAUUCGGACGAAUCUGAUGAUAUGGAGGACUCUGAGGAGGAUGACGACGAAGAAGCCGACCCGGACAAAUUGCAAGCUCUGCAAGGCCUGAUAUCGGAAUAUGGCGGAGAGCAUGACGACGGCAAGUCGGUCUCGACGCAAAAGAUUGGCCUCGGUGACCUCGGCUUGUCCGGCAUCAGCGAUCCUUUCAUGAAGAAGUCUGUCAAGCUCAUGAACAAGGAGGAAAAGGAGAAAAGGCCAGGGGCGACGAAGAAGCUGGAUGUGCCUCUGUCGAGAAGGGAACAGGGCCGGCUGGAUCGAGCCGCGGCCUACGAAAAGACGAACGAAACCUUAGAUCGCUGGACCGAGACGGUCAAGCAGAAUCGCCGAGCAGAGCAUUUGGUCUUCCCCCUGCCACAACAAUCCGGCAUGGAAGGCCUGGACACGGCCGAGAUUCGACCACUCACGGCCAAAAAUGCGAGCAACGAGCUCGAGUCGACCAUCAUGUCCAUCAUGGAAGCCAGCGGACUGUCCCUAGAGGCGAAGUCGAAACCCAAGCCCCAGGAGUUUGACGAGGAGGGCAACCUUUUGUCAAGGAAAGAAGCGCUACAAAGGAAACGGAUCGAGCGCGCCCUUGCCGAUAGGGAAGGGAAGCGAGCAAAGCGAAUCAAGAAAAUCAAGAGCAAGGCGUAUCAUCGUGUGCACCGAAAGCAAAAGGAGCGCGAUGAAAUGGCCACCCGGGAAGCCAUGGAGGAGGCCGGCGAGAUUGACUCGGAAGAAGAGCGGGAAGCGCAAGACCGACGCCGUGCUCUGGAGCGCGUUGGCCAACGGCACAAGGACAGCAAGUGGGCUAAACUUGGCAACCGGGCGAAGCGAGCCGUCUGGGAUGACGAUUUUCGAACCGGCCUAACGGAGAUGGCACGCAAAGAUGAGGAGUUGCGUCGGAGGAAAGCCGGGAAGACGGGCGGAGCCGACGACUCCGACUCUGAUGCUACCAGCAGUUCUGGCGACGACGAGGAUGAAGCUCUCCAUCGGCAGCUGGAUCGAUUGGAACAGGACGACGAUGAGCCCCAGUCAGGUUUGAUGGCGAUGAAGUUCAUGCAGAAGGCCGAGGCUGCCAAGAAAAAGGUAAACGAUGACAUGAUCAAGCAGAUCCGCCGAGACCUGAACGGAGAGGAGGACCCUGGCUCGGACGAGGAGGAGGCUGGCGAAGUGGGCCGACGGACCUAUGGAGGUGCGGCGGCAAGAACCUUUGAGGCUGCUCUUGACACGUCCAGGAGGGCCUCCAGGAGAGACGAGACACAUUCCGGCGAGCAAGGGGUGCCGGAGGAGCAUGGUUCUGCGACGAACGGCCCUUCCGCUAGUUGGAAUCAGCAUGCGGACACGCCUGCCGAGACGGCCGCCUCCACUGCGGGUGCGUGGUCUCGCGGCGAUGCUCGACGUACGAAGAAGGGUUCCUCGAAAUCCCGCGUCGAGGAUCUGGACCUCAAUGCCAGCAUCGUUGUCGUAUCUCGUCCGGCAAAGUCCAAGUCCAGGAAGCCUGCUCAGCAUGACGACGAGACGAGCGCGUCCGAUUCCGAAGCGGAUCAACACCUACCUCUCGCCAUCCGCGACCAGGAGCUCGUCGCCCGCGCCUUUGCCGGUGAGGACGUUGUCGGCGACUUUGAGCGCGAAAAGGCCGAGACGGCAGUGGCCGACGAUGACAAGAUCAUCGACAACACGCUUCCCGGCUGGGGCUCCUGGGUCGGUGACGGCGUCAGCAGCAGAGAGAAGAAACGACACCAGGGACGUUUCCUCACCAAGAUCGCCGGUGUCAAGGCCAAGGACCGCAAGGACGCAAAGCUGGACAAGGUCAUCAUCAACGAGAAGCGUGUCAAGAAGAACGACCAGUACCUCGCCACCCAGCUACCACACCCCUUCGAAUCGCGACAGCAAUAUGAGCGCUCCCUCCGCUUGCCCGUCGGUCCCGAGUGGAUGACCAAGGAAAGCUUCCAGGACGGCACGAAGCCGCGCGUGCUCAUGAAGCAGGGUAUCAUUGCGCCCAUAUCAAGGCCUACCGCAUAG